AUGGAGUUUACAGAUUUUUGAAAAAUGAUAAUAAAAGCUAGCUCAGGAAUCAUACUAAUUGAAAGAACGGGUGGAACGCUAGGGUUAAGAAGAUUUUUGAAAAAUCCAGAAAAAGACAUAUGAAUCCAGGGAUAUGAAUUUCAAAACUACUAUUUCCUUCAAUCGGCUAGUGGAAUAUUGUCGAUAUUGUCCAUAUCUAAAGAAAAUCAAGUCGAAGUCACUUAUAAAAUUAAUUUGAAGAGUUUCGAUAAUAAAAUCCCACACAUAUUAUGUGAUAGAGAAAAAAAUUCAUAUUACUUCCAAAGAUUUGAAGAAGAGGGACUUAGAGCUUAUAGAAUUAAUUUAAAAGAAUGAAAACUAAAAAUAGCUGGAGGCUUAUUUUAUGUAAAGGUUACAGCGAAAGACAAUGAUAGUUAA